UCGACAGAGUAUCUACAGCAUCCGUCGCUCACUGGGCUUUCAGACAGUCGUGGCUCGGGGAUCGAAACUAUAAUAGAUGCUGGCGAUACGUCGCUGCUGGAAUCACAGAAUGACAUGGCAGAGACGACAACACCGCCACAUUUCCCCGAGCUAACUUUCCCCCCUCUACCCGGUCCUCGCAAUCAAGAUGGCAGAGUUAACCGUGGCUACACAUCUCCUGAUAUUGAACUCCAAAAUUAUAGCUUCUGUUCUGAUGAAAAAAACAGCCUUCCAACGUGUGACACCGCUUGCCGUGUAGCUCUAGCGCCCCGCGCUCACAGUACUAUGAAAACAAAUCCACGCCCGCGCGCUCAGAUGGAACGUAUAUUGCCGCUAAAUGGCGGGCGAGGAGAGGAGGACGGUAGAUCGCACAGCGAACCCGAGUGUAGUAGAGCUGAGGACAUUAAACACAAAGUGAAAGAGUCGGCAAUAUCGGAUAUUGGUGCUGACUACAUGAGGGUUAACGGAGCCAUCACCUCUUUCAAACAACUGCAGAAACCUACUUCAAUGCAGUCUUUGCCGACAUCGUCCAAAAUGAGCUAUGCCUCGACAGAAGAGGCAGGUGUGGCUCUCGUUGGCAUAACGGAUUAUCAGAAAUAUUCCGAGGCAGAGCGAAGUCAUCACAAAGCCAGACAGAAAAAUGUUGGAUACAGACUUGGGAAGAGGAAGGCGUUGUAUGAAAAGAGAAAAAAAAUAUCAGAUUAUUGUCUUGUGUUCGGAAUGUUCGGGAUUAUUACCAUGAUUCUCGAAACGGAACUAGUAAUGGCUGAUGUGUAUUCCAAGGGAACGUUCUACUCCGUUGCCAUGAAAUCCCUAAUUUCCAUAUCAACUGUGAUAUUAUUGGGUCUGAUUCUAGCCUAUCAUGCACUUGAAAUCCAGGAUACAGGAACAGAGUUAUUUGCAGUGGACAACUGUGUUGAGGAUUGGAGAAUAGCAAUUUCCUGGAGGAGAACAAUCCAGCUUACGGUGGAAAUUGUCAUAUGUGCAGUGCAUCCCAUUCCAGGCAACUUUACCUUUGUAUGGACAACGCCAAAAACUGAUCAUCGUGACGCCCAGCACACUGUUGUUCCAGUUGAUAUUGUGCUUUCUAUUCCAAUGUACCUUCGUCUAUACCUUAUUUGUAGAGUUAUGUUGUUGCACAGCAAGUUGUUUACUGAUGCAUCUUCUCGAAGCAUAGGAGCUUUGAACAGGAUUAAUUUUGAUACCAAGUUUGUGUUGAAGACACUUAUGACCAUAUGUCCUGGAACUGUUCUUCUUGUAUUUAUGCUGUCUCUAUGGAUAAUAGCAAGCUGGCUUCUUCGAGCUUGUGAAAGGCACCAUGAUGACAAUCACGCCAAUAUUUUGAACUCCAUGUGGAUGAUUGCAAUCACUUUCCUUUCCAUUGGUUAUGGAGACAUUGUUCCCAAUACCUACUGUGGACGGGGUAUUGCUAUAGCAACUGGUGUCAUGGGUGCUGGAUGCACAGCACUUGUUGUUGCUGUCAUUGCAAGAAAGCUUGAACUGAGCAGAGCAGAGAAACAUGUUCAUAAUUUCAUGAUGGAUACUCAGCUUACAAAGAGGCUAAAGAAUGCUGCAGCCAAUGUACUUCGUGAAACUUGGUUAAUUUACAAAUACACCAAAUUGGUGAAAAAAGUGAAUGGCAGUCGUGUGAGGUCACAUCAAAGAAAGUUUCUCCAGGCAAUUCACAGUUUGCGCAGGGUUAAGAUGGACCAGAGAAAGCUGAUGGAAAAUGCAAGCACAUUAGUUGAUAUGGCAAAGCACGUAGGGAUGGCAGGUUUGGAUUCAGGUCCUGGCGUCUAUAUCUCGAUUCCACAUGUUGAAUAUAAACAGACACAGACACACAUCCAGGACUUGGUAGCAGACAUGCACAGCAAUCAGGGAACUCUAGAAAAACGUGUGAACAAGAUUGAAGAAAAGUUAGCCUCAAUGCAGUCACAAUUGGAAGGACUCCCUAAAGUAAUUGCCCAAAACCUUAUUGCCCACCAGCAAGAGCAGCAGGACCAACGAUAUUUACCUGCAGAUUGUGGGCCUACUGUCCGUCGUUUUUCACCACCAUCUCGAAGAAGGCGACAUUUCCCUGUACCCCUCAACAAUUCUUCCAGUCAGAUAUAGUCCAAAAUGAAAAUUGCUAUCAAAGAACAUUUCUGUAUGGCAAGAAGAAUGGACUGAAGAUUGGGGAAGUAAAGAGGUUUGACAUUCCUGUGAAAGUGAAAUUGUCAUACAACAUCUGUCUGCUCUGCCUCUUAUUGCAGGUAGAAGUCAGGAAUUACAGGCACUGUUAUGUGUGUUAAGUUUUGCAGACCCUCCAUUUCCAUACCAUGCUCUCUCAGUGCCAUUCCACCAUGCAAAAAACAACAACCCAAAAGCCAUGUGAAUAUUUUAUCGCCACAAUAUCUAAUGGCUAAAAUUCCUUGGUGGAACAUGAAACUGUAAAAGCAGACUAGUAAACAAUUUGCCAAAAGUACCUUCUCAACUUCCAAACCAUGUUGUCUCUAAUUGACAACCCAUCUCAGUUAAGGCUGUACACUCACGUAAGGAACAGAAACAUAAACAGUUGUGUGAUUAUCAGAUAUGUAUAAUAAUGUUUACUUUUAUGAUAUAAAGUACAUGUCACUGA